CUGGCUUAUUUUACUUAGCAGAAUGUCAUCUUAACUUCAUUUUGUCAAAACUGACAGGAUUUCAACAUUUUUAUGACUGAGUAAUAUUUCCUUAUGUAUAUAUACCAUGUUUUCUUUAUCCAUUUAUAUGUUUGUAGACUUUAGGUUGAUUCUGUAUCUUGGCUAUUAUGAAUAUUGCUGUGGUAAACAUGUGAGAACUGUUAUCUCUUCAACAGACUUUAAUUCCAUUUAGUUAUAUAUGCCCUGUAGUGGGAUUGCUGUAUAAUAGGAUAGCUCAAUUUGGAUUUUCAAAAGGAUGUUAAAUGAUUUUUUUUACCAGUUUUUAUGCCCUCUGUGAAAUAUGCAUCGUUCCUCAAAAACACAAAAUCGGAAAACUAACAUAGAAGGAAUAAAAAAUAUUGAAUAGCUAUAUACAUAUUUGACAAAUUAAAUUCAUUUUUAAAAUCUUUCUUCAGAGAUAACUAAUGGCCUAAAUAGUUUCACUGAUGAAUUCUACCAAACAUUUAAAGAUGAAUAGUCCAAUAAUAUGUUCUUUCAGAUAGUAUAGAAAGAAUGAUUUCCAGCUCAUUUGAAUCUUUUAAAUUAAUUAUUUUUUUAAAGAUUUAUUUAUUUGGAAGUCAGAGUUAGAGAGAGAGAGAGACAUCUUCCAUCCGUUGGUUUACUCCCAAAAUGGCUGCAAUUGCCGGAGCUGAGCUGAUCUGAAGCCAGGAGCCAGGAGCUUUUUCUGGGUAUCUUAGAUUGGUACAGUGGCCUAUGCACUUGGGUCAUCCUUUGCUGCUUUGCUAGGCGAUUAGCAGGGAGCUGGAUCAAAAGUGGAGCAGUUAAGGCUCACAUAUGGGUUGCUGGCACUGCAGGCGGCAGCUUUACCUGCUAGCCACAGUGCCAGCCCCUUAAAUUGACUAACAAUAGGCCACAACUGGAUGGUGGAAUGAAGUAGUGGUGAUAACCACUUCUUUAUUUAAGGAAUGCCAACCCCUUAAAUUGUUUACAUUUAAAAGGCAGACAUACACACACACACACACACACACACACACACACACACAAAACUCCUCCUAGAGAGGGAGAGAGGUAGAGAGGGAAGAGAGAUCCUAUCCACUGGUUCAGUUCUCAAGUGCCCACAAAAGCUGCUGCUGGGCCAGGCUGAAGCCAGGAGUUAGUAAUUCAAUCAGUUUCCCGGUAUGGGUGAUAGGGACCCAACUAACUACUCAAGCCAUCACCUGAUGCCUAAUAACAUAUAUACUAACAAAAAGUUGGAAUUGGGACCAGAGCCAGGACUCAAAUCUAAGCACUCUAAUAGGGGAUAUAGGUAUCCCAAAUGAUAUCUUCACUGCUUGCCAAAUACCCACCCCAGCACACUUUUAAGAGACCAACAUAACUCUGCUAUCAAAACCUCAUUAGUACAUGGGGGGAAAUUACAGAACUGUAGUCCUAAUUAAUACAGGUGGAAAAAAAAUCCUUAACUAAAUAUUAGCAAAUCAGAUCCAGAAAAAUGUAAAAGUAAGAUAUAACAUUAGAUUUUUCCUCUCUUUAUCUUUUGUGUAUCUAUUUUACUUUAAAAUUUUUUUAAUUUAUUGAAGAGGUAGAGUUACAGACACAUUGAGGGAGAGAGAGAGAAAGGUCUUUCAUCCACUGUUUCACUCUCCAAAUGGCCGAAAUGGCUGGAAUUGGGUUGAUCUGAAACCAGGAGCCGGGAGCUUCUUUCAGAUCUCGCGUGAGUGUACAAGGCCCCAAGCACUUGAACCAUCUUCUACUGCUUUCCCAGGCCAUAAGCAGAGAGCUGGAUCAGCUGGACACAAAUGAGUGCCCGAAUGGGAUGCCAGCGCUGCAGGCCGUCUUAACCUACUAAGCCACAGUGCCAGCCCCUAUCUAAUCUACUUUUAAGGUCCCCAAGGCUUCUGUAUCAUUUUAUUUGAAAACACUUUUCCCACCUUCUUCAUAAGUGUGGGAAACCUGCCUUUGAGAGAACAUCCAUCCUAUAAAGACCCAAGCUGUGAAGAUGAUGCAUGUGACAGAAGUUUUGGAUAUCUUGAGGAAUCCUCAUAUCUUUCAUCUACAUGAUCAAGAGGAGAAUCCAGAAACUAUCCAUAGGAGAAACCUAGAAGCUGAAAAUAUUUCUCAUAAGAUAUUUAAGUAUUUUCAGUACUUAUCGAUGACUGGACCUCACCAAGCUGUAAGCCAAAUCCAAAAACUCUACUGGCAGUGGCUACAGCCAGAGACACAUACUAAGGAGCAAAUAAUAGAUCAACUGGUGUUGGAGCAGUUUCUGACCACCUUGCCAGAGGAGAUUCUGGCAUGGGUGAGGUCAAAACAGCCCAAGAACAGCAAGGAGGCAGGAACCUUGGUGGAAAUUUUCAUCCAGGCACACGGGGAGAAUGGUUUCCUUGCCCAGGACUCUGAUCUUGCAGAAAAAAAGAAUACAACCAUAUUAGAAAGUGUACCACCUACUGGGUCCCAGGAGCUGGUGACCUUCCAGGAUGUGUUCGUGGACUUCAGUCCAGAGGAGAUGAGCUACCUUACUGCUGCUCAGAGGAAGCUCCACCGAGAGGUGACUCUGGAGAAUUACCGGAACCUGGUCUCCUUUGGGUACCAAUUUGCUAAACCUUACAUUAUCUCAUGCUUGGAGGAGGAAGAGUCAUGCACAAUUGAAGAAGGUAGCAAUGCAGUGAUAGAGGAAGAGUCACAUGCAGUGGAAGAAGGCAGCAGUACAGUGAGAUAUCAAGGUUAUGAGAAGAAACCUGAAACCAAAGAACUAAUUCCAGAACAAAACCUAACUAUAGAACAAUCGUCAUUGGCAGAAGUGGAGAAUCCAGCAGUAGGUAACUUCUUGCAUGAAUGUCUAGAAGAGUCUUCCAUUGAUGAUCCAUCAGAAUUGCACCAGCACAGACAGAAGAAAAUUUUGAUUCCUAUAACAAUGAGUGAUCCCAAGAUCCCUCAGGAAAGAAGCCAGAGCAGUGAUGAAUUUGAGAGAAGCUGUAACCGUAUUGAGCAAUCAGAGGAUCUUCUAGAAAAGAAUCCCCAAGAAUGUACUACUCUUGGAAUGUGUACCAGACCGCAGACAGUGAACAGACCCACAUGUGAUCUUUGCAAAAGAACCUUUACCACCCGAGGAGCCCUUGUGAGACACGAGCAGAUCCAUACUGGGAAGAAACCCUAUGAAUGUAAACAAUGUGGUGAGGCCUUCUAUCUGAUGCCACACCUCAUCAGACAUCAGAGGACUCAUUUUGGUAGGAAGCGCUCUCAGUGCAGCGAAAGUAGAAAGUCUCUCAUCCAGCAUGGAAAUGCCUGUGGACAAGUGAGAAUUCAUAGUCAAGAGGACUUCUAUGAAUGUUUUCAGUGUGGCAAAGCUUUUAUUCAGAAUGUGCAUCUUUUUCAACAUCUCAAAGCCCAUGAGGCAGCAAAACCCGUUCCUUCUGAGUUUCCCUGCAACAAGACAUAUUUAAUUCGCUAUCAGCGGAAACAUGACUAUGUUGGAAAGAGAGCCUGCCAGUGUUGUCACUGUGGCAAAGCCUUCAGUCAGAUUUCACAUCUCAUUCAGCAUUAUCGAAUUCAUGCUCAAGAGAAGCCUUACCAGUGUCAGCUGUGUGGAAAGUGUUUCAGUCUGCCCUCAUACCUCACUCAACAUUAUCAACUCCAUUUUCAAGAGAAACCCUCUGAGUGGAAUGACUGUUGAAAACUCUUCAGUCAGAGAACACACUUUUCUCAGUAUCUUUGGUUUCAUCCUGGAGAAAGACCUGAGCAUUCUGAGUUUGGGUAGCCCUCACACCUUAACAACCUAAAAAUCCAUUAUGGUGUGAUUUAAAAAUAUUAAAUGAUAUGUAAGACAGCCUUUUUGCAAGAGGGGAUUCUGCACAUGGGUCAGAAGUCACACAGGUGAAAAAGCUUACAUGGAAUAUUCUUAAUGCAUAGGAAAGAACUUGAUAACUUCUUUCAGUGGCAUUCAUCAAAUGGAAAACCUUGAUUUUGACAAAGCUGAUAGUAUUGGUUAUAUAUUUACAUGGUACCUUAUAGUUUAGAAAAUAUUGUCAUAUGUAUUAUUGUAUUUGACUUUUUAAGGAACAUGUGGGGUCCCAAUGCAGAUAUUUAUUCAGUCUUGCAGCUAAAGCAAAUUUGAAACUCCAGGUUGUUAGUUAAUUUUACCAAGGUUGUAAAUGAUGGGAUGGAACUGAAUUCAGAUAUUUUAGAAAAUACUUUUGCUAUAUCCUCUCUGAAGAAAAGGUUCAGUACUAGACUGACUGCAGCCAUCUUCCUACUUAGUAAUCCAGGUAUCAUUUCACAUCAAAUCAGAUGAGGACACUUGUGGUAUCAGGGUUCAGAAGGCUUUCUUUGGGUGAGGUUCUGAUAGCCAAAUUCUCUCACACUUUCAGAUUAGAUGAUGACUUUUUGAGACACUCAGGGGAAGUAUAUUUUUGCUAUAUUCUUGUAAUUGUUCUUGUUUAUGGUCAGUCUGUUACUGAUCAAGUCUUUUUUUUUUAUGGUUGAGUUUUCAUAUUCAUCCUUUAUAUUCACCCUCAUUAAAAAAAAAAAUUAGAAAGCAGUAUAUUUCUGUUUUCUUGGGCUCAGGCAUUGUCAGCACACCAAAUUUUACCUAAAAUUCUAUUUCUGUGCUGAUCAUUUCACUCUUUAAAGCUAUCAGCCCAGAAUUGCACUAAAAUUUUGUUUCAUUCAGUAUUGAUAUGAUGAUGAAAACUGAAUCACUGACCUGAAUGGUGAUCAAAUAUAGAUUCACAUGGUGCCUGUUAAACCUGACGCUCCAGAUCCUGUCUCCUUGCCUGGAAAGGAUGGGUUGUUGCUGUUAUUCUCUGCCCUGCAUGUUCUUGACUGGCCAUUUUUGAGACUGGGCUAUGAUGGGUAGCUCUGGAGUCAAGAAAUUUGAAACAAAUGUGCCCAGGUCAGAAUCUGCACCAGCCAGAUGAGUGCUAGCUACAAAAUCUGUCUCCUGUUUUUACUGAAAAUUCCUGAUGAAACAGUCCUUAUUGGCUGGCUCUAUUUUCUCACCACAGUUCACUCUCAUCCCGAGUAGCUGUUUUCUGAUCCUGUUACCACUCUCAUGAGGGGCCAUGAUGUUGAUAUGUCUUAUUGUUGGUGAUAUUGGCCUUAAUGCAUUGAUAUAAAGUGGUAUCUGCUGGAUUUCUCUGCUGAAGAGUUACUUAUGAUUUCACUUUGUAAUUAAUAAACAUCAUACAGGAGAACUUUGACAGAUUUCAAACAGCCAAUUUUUCCUCAAACUUUUACUCACAGUACUACCAUUAUUUAUUUUGUUAUUCAAAUGGUUUUCAGAUUUGGCCGUUGUAAGCUCUGGCUCAUUGACUUCUGUGCCCUUUCAGUAAACUCACAUCCUUUUCCAAAACUACUUUUUUUCUACCUUCUCCUUAAUUAAUCUCCUUUUACCUACAAGUAAACCUUGUUGUGAUAGUUCCUAUGUCAUCACUGUCUCCUGAAAUUGGCUUCUUUCCCCAGGGUCAAAUUUACUCAGGGCUUUAAAUUUCAGUAAUUUCAUGUCUCUCUUGUAAUUUUUACUAGAUCUGUGUUCUGCCAGGACUGUUAGUAGGUUGUUUUUUUUUUUUUUUUUUUUUGAGUGACUUGUCUCUUCUUUAAACUUAAGUCAUCAAUAUAGAAAGGAGAAUUUUAAAUCUCCUCAAAGGAUUUUACUCAGGCUAAUAUCAGACUUCCCUGAUUUCCUUUAAGAUGUCCUUUUCCAUCUGACUUAGUUGAGUCUAUAUGGUCUUAGUUGAGUCUUAUAUGGUCUAUAGAUGGCAUGUGGUUGUUUGAUUUCUCAUGGUUCUCUUAAUCUAAAACAAUCUCCUCUCAUUUUUUCAAACUACAUCUUAUGCGACCCUAAAGAUAAUGAGAGAUAUACUUCCCUCCUGCCCCUGUACAAUUCUUACUGUGUCUAACAGUUUAAACACUCCUCUUAUAUCUAGGCUUGAUCUUUUAAAUUGUAAGCAUUAAUAUUUUAACUUUUAUUUGCAGUUAUGGUAAAAAGUUAAAACAUACCAUCUUAAACAUUUUAAGGGUUCAGUUCAGUGUAAUAAAUAUGUUCACAUUGCUAUGCAGAGAUCCUCAGAACUUUUUCUUCUUCUGAAACUAAAACUCUGUACCUUUUAAACAGCUCCUCAUUUUUUCCUUCCCCUCAGCCUUGGCAACAACAGUUCUAGCACUUUUUUAAGGCUUUGUGCGUUAUGCCAGUAAUACUGAAAGAAACUGGCUAGUUGUCCUAUAAAAUGUUCCCCAUUUAAAAUGUGUCUCUGCUUCCUGUGAUGUUCUUAAGUUUGUUCCUCUUUUGCCUAUAUUUCCUGUACAUGGAAAUCAGGUCUACCCCCUGAAGAUUUAAUUAUAUUCAUCUUCACCUUUGGCAAGAACAUGUCGUAGGUGGUUCUGUAUGCUCUAUAUCAUACCUCAUCAGGGGAAUAAUGUGUGCCAGCUUUCCCCAAAGGAUGUGCAUUUUAGAAUCUUGCUCCAAGCCAGUACACUAGUCAUUGGCAGUGAGGUUUUCACUACUGCUGUGUCAGCUGCUUUUGCUCCUUUUUAAUGACUUCACGGACCUCUCUACGUGCCUGUCUUCCAUCAGCCUAGCCUGGUCUUCAGAUACCCAAAUUAAGAGAUGGUAGCUUGUCAUUGAGAGGUCUGGGUUUGGGCUUAUGGUUUUUUGUGGAGCCUUAAUUAGGGAAAGCUGAGAAGCAUCAGAUUAUAUUCUCUCUCUCUCUCUUUUUUUUUUUAAUUUGACAGGUAGAGUUAGAGAGAGAGAGAGAGAGAGAGAGAGAGAAAGGUCUUCCUUCCGUUGGUUCACUCCCCAGAUGGCCACAACAGCCAGCGCUGUGCCGAUCCGAGGCCAGGAGCCAGGAGCCUCUUCCUGGUCUCCCACGUGGGUGCAGGGGCCCAAGCACUUGGGUCAUCCUCCACUGCCUUCCCUGGGCCACAGCAGAGAGCUGGGAGCAACCGGGACUAGAACCCAGUGCCCAUAUGGGAUGCUGGCGCCGCAAGCGGAGGAUUAACCAAGUGAACCACGGCACUGGCCCCUAUAUUCUCUUUGUUAAGAUGCUACUUUUAUGCCACAAAUGGCAGCAGUGACAAUGUGAGUAGUUGGCACUGGCUGUCACCCAUGGACUCUGGAAUAUAUAGACUAUGAACAAACUGUUACCAAACCUUCUGUCAGUUAACUUGAGCUUACCACGAUAGUGGGUACCCCAACCUAUUGUCCUUGCUUUUAGCCUGCCGCCUUUCUUGCUACUCCCAAGUGGACUCCCAGGGAUAACGUAGAGAUCUACUUCCCUGCUUUUCUUUCUCAAUUCCUAACAUAUUUGACAGGCUGAACACUAUGCUUAUAAUCAGGUUAAAUUUCUUAUUAAAAUUUAGAAACACUGUGUUAUAUUUUGUGACAGUACAGAUAAGAUGUAUUUCUUGGGGGAAAAAACCUAGAAAAUACAUAUUUAUUUUCUUUUCACAUUUGUAUUUCCUUCUCCUCCAUACUCUUCUUCUCCCUGAAGAAUUUGCACUGUGAAUAUAUUUUAAAAAGAAUAUAAUUGAAAUCAGGCAUAGAAAGAGCCAUAGAUGAAGUGCUUUGUUAGAAUCCCAGUUUUUGUAUGGUUUUAUUAGGUAUAGUUUCCUAACCAAACAAAUAGCACUCAGCAUUUUAGAGAAAAUUUUGGAAAACACAACUGUUGAAAGGCCUAGAGUUCAUCUUUAAAAAGAGCCCAGCAGUGCCUGACAUUCAAUAACCAAUAGCUGCUAUUAAUGGAAUAUUUUUGUCUAAGAUUUUUUUAAAAAAUGUCAUUAGUGGCAAUAAACUGCGAAGCUGUAAACCACUGAUAGGCAUCAAAAUUCAAGUACAUUUUAUAUUUUAGUAUUCUUUCUACAAAUAAUUUUUCUUUGUGUAGUUUUUUCAAAUAACAUCACAGAGAAUUUCUAUUUUUCUCAUUUAUUUUGCAAUGAAAAGGCUUUUAAUGAUUAAUUACAUAAAGUGUGAUUAACAGAGCACUAUAUUUACAGUUGUUUUUUAAGGGUAGACGUCCAAAGGUGGUAUUAUUAGAUGAAAUAUUAAUGAACAUUUCCAUGGCUUUUGAAAGAUCCUGCUGAAUUUGUUCUGGAGAGGCCAUGUCAUUGCAGCCCCCAGCUCAGGGCCAGAGGCUACAAAACAGGUGGCAGACGGUCCUGCUGAGUUUGUGACAGAUGUUGCUGGUCAAUUGUGCUCCCUCUGGUUCCAGUGAACCUGAGGAAAGGUUGGGAUCAUUCUCAACACAGGACUGCAGGCAGACUCAACACUUGAGCAAAGUUCAUAUAUGCAAAGAAAUGUCAUUGCCACCCCUGGUAUAAAUAUUUAUUUUGAAUAACUUGGCCAUCACUGCCUAUUUAUCUAUUAUAGCCAAUUUUAAAAAUCUUUGUAUAUGUCACAGGCAAAAAAAAGUGGUUCUUUGCUUACUAAUACAUUGUUUCUUCAGAUGCUUUUGAACUUUUUAAUGAACAGUCUAGUAUCUUAGUUGUUUACUGAUUGUGUCUUCAUGCAUUUGCUUAUUGAUUUUCAUGAACUCAUUAUACAUUUUUAAAGUAUGGAUUUCUAGAGGAUUUGAAAUGCUUAGUUUUCAUUUUAAAGUAAUUCUUUUUUUAAAAAAGAUUUAGUUAUUUGAAAGUCAGAGUUACACAGAGAGAGAAGGAGAGGCAGAGAGAGAGAGGGGCCUUCCAUCCACUGGUUCACUCCCCAGUUGGCCACAAUGGCCGGAACAGUGCUGAUCAGGAGCCAAGAGCUUCUUCCAGGUCUCCCACAUGGGUGCAGGAGCCCAAGGACUUGGGCCAUCUUCUACUGCUUUCCCAGGCCAUAGCAGAGAGCUGGAUCGGAAGUGGAGCAGCUGGGACGCCAACUGGUGCCUAUAUGGGAUGCCAGCAACGCAGGCAGCAGCUUUACCCACUACUCCACAGAGCUGGCCCUUAAAGUAAUUCUUGACCCCUUAAAAGCAAUUCCUACUUUAGUGAAAGGUGGAAGGUCUUUCCUUCCCUCCACCCCCAAAAGAAAGAAAAGUACACAUGAAUACCUUUAACAUUUUUGUUUUCUUAUAAUAUAAAAAAUUAUUACUGGACUUACAAAGUUAGUUGCCUUUGGAAAGUAGUGGGGAUAAAACCUCAUUUUCAUUGUUCUUCCAUUUUUUUUUUACUGACAUCAUUGUUUUAGCUAUUUUAAGAUAUUUAUAGAUAAUUGUCAUAUAGCUGUGCCCCUUCCAUGUAAGCAACAACAUGCCUUAUUUUUCCACUCAGUCUUAAACCUUCCACAGCUGUCUUCAUCACUGCCUUGUCUGUCAUUAUCACCUCCUAAAUAGUUGCACCAUAUACCCAUUAAGUCUGGCAUAUUCACUGAUAUGUAUAGCCUUCCUUGUGUUGUUUGGAUGUUUAGUUAGUGUUUUUCAUAAUUAUAAAUGAAAUUAUAAUUAUAAAUGAAAUUUAAAUUAUAAUGAAAAUUUUUGCAUAAAUAUUUUUCUAAAUUUAGGAUUUUUCUUUAAGAUAGAUUUUGCUGAAGAGGAAUUGCUGGGUCAGAAGGUCUGAUGGUUCUGAGGUUCUUAAUCGAUCCAAGCUCCUUUGAAAUGUGUUUCAUCAAUUUGCACAACUGCUGGUAGCAGUUGGGAGUGCGGGUUCCACAUCCCCAGCUGGGGUUUUUUUAGUAAGACCAUUUCACCUUCGUUAAUUUCAUAGGGAAGAGCAUCUCGUUUUAACUGCUUUUGAUUUUUAAGGAGGUUGAGCAUUUUUUGAUAACCUUCUUAAGCAGUUGUAUUUCCUCUAUUUGUAUUACCUAUGCUUAUUUCAAUCAUUUGUAAAUGUGGAUUUAAUGUCUUCCUAUCAAUUUGAACAAUCUCUUUGUAUAAUAAAGAUAUUAAUUCUUUGUUUACAUUUUGGCUGCAUAUGUUUUUCCUGGAAUUUUUGGCAUUUCUUUGAAUUAUUUUUUUACAAAGUUUCAAUUUUUAUGUAAUUCAAUUCCUUUCUUUUGAAAGCCUACAAAAUCUAACCCUCUGUAAACAUUAGAAUGCUUUAUUAUGGAAUUUUUAUUUUAAAACAUACUUUAUUUUUGAAUUUAUGUGUGUAUUAUGUGAAAAAAGGAUCAAAAUUACUUCUUCCCCACUGUUAAUUGCCAUAGCACCAAUUUUUAGUAAAAGAUGAAUACAGUCAUAGUAUUUUUAGUGUAGAAUCUACAUCUGUGCCAUAUAUAUGUUUCACUGGCUUGUUGCCAUUUUAUCCUAGAUCUAUAUUCUGCUAAAUUUUAAGAGCUUUCUAUUUAAUGAGUCUUCCAUCAUUGUGCUUUUAAAAAUGUUCCUGUAUACAUAUAUGUAUGUAUAGUUAUAUGAAAAAAGUAAUUUGUUGUAAUUGAAAAUUUAUCCUUAUUAAUUAAGACAUCUUUUUGUUAUUGCAAUGAACUUACAAAUGAAUUAGGAGGAUUUACAUUGGUAAGUUUAAUCUUGGCAUCCAGAAAAAUAUUGUUCUUUUAUUUACUCAAACUUUUGUAUUAAUUGGUAAAGUUUUAUGACUUCUCAUAAAGCCACAAAUUUUCUUUAGUCAUCCACAUGUUAUUGCAGUUAUGAGAUUUCUUAUGUGGGGAUUUGGUGUUACAUUUUUCAUAAAACAUCAGCAUCUCAGAAAUGGGCUCACUUUGGAGUUGCCUGGGAAUUCUAAAAUUUCAGAACCAGGAUAACUACAUUUGACUGCUUCAUUGAAGCCUCUCCUGUGAUAACCUCUACUGCAUGUGUGCAAGCUGGCCAAGCUCCAAGCUUCCAGAGGCAGAGAGCCGUUUAUUCCCUUACCCAUAUGACUAGUAAGUGGACAGGCUCAUUCUCACAUCUUUAUCCAGGUAACUUAAAAAGCUAUGAGCCAGAGGUUAUCUUGAAAUGUUGAUGAAAGCUGGGGAUCCUCAACUGGGGCAAAUGUAGAGACCUACAAGUGUGGGUGGGUACACAGACACACACACACACACUUAAGACCAGCACUUUGGGAUCCACCAUGGGAUUCCAUGGCCUCAGCUAGGAACCUUCCCCUGAAAGCUCCAACUCAACAAGUCCCCCAGGUCAUCUAAAAACAGGUCUCCUCCAGAUGAGACCCUGAGGGAGGGAAGAAAUACAGGACCCAUGAUAUGGUACCCAGCCUACUUCAGCCUUCCAUGUAUAAACACAUUUGGAGUAAAGAGAAGAAAGAAUGAGCUGCCAAGAGUUCUCUCAAUAGGAUACAAGUUCAUGUACAAGAACAGGCCAGUUGAUUAGGAUGGGGACCAUGGUGAAGAGAAGGCGGAGUAACCCCCCAACUCAAGGUGCACAGUUAGCAGAUCUUGGAUUUUUCAACAGAAGCUAGACGACUACAUGUGAAGUCUCUCAGUAUUUGAAUGAGGAUAUCAAAUUUUUACAAAGCAGUUGUGAAGACUACAAAACAUCUGUGGGCUAUUUUUGGCCAAUAGGCAUUGUGUUGAGAUGUCUGAACUGCUAUGGUUCAGACCUGCAGGCUGCUUUUGUAAUUUCUGAUUCUCUUGCCUCAAUGGAGACUGAGGUGAAUAUGCUGGAAAAUCCAGCAACUUACUCAGCUGCCCACAGGAAAGAAGCAGUGCUGAAAGAAUCGAAUCUAGGCCAGGUCCAUGAUUCUAGGCAGUGUUGAUGCCUAGCCCAUGGUAUAAGGCAGCGUUUUUCCUCCCUGGGAUGAAUCCCACUCGAUCUUGGUGAAUGACCUUUUUAAUGUGCUGUUUGAUUUUAUUUGCUAGUAUUUUUUUUCAAAAUAUAACUUUCAGGAGCAUGUUUAUUGA